AUGGACGAUUACCAGAGCCCCGUCGUGGCGCAAUUCCUCGAAUCACUGCCAAAUCAACUCUCCCAGGAAUCAUGUCACCAGUUCGCUUUGCACCACAUUGUCCCAAUUCUCUAUCCCAACACUACCGGCAAGGUAGAUAUCCAACCUAGUCCUUUCCAUGGAAGCAUGAGCUAUACGGUCAUAUUACAUACUCAUUUUACGUCCACUCAUUUCACUGGCGUAGAUGGUCGUAUUGUCGUCCAGUUCCGAAGCGACAAGCAAGACCUUUUUGGAGUCACCGAAGCCAGCCACAUUCAUGGAUCUACUGUACCUCUGGUAAAAUACCAGGGCAUGUAUGAAGGGCUCUUUGUGUAUACAUCGCCUUUUGCACAAGGGACGCCUUAUAUCAGUAUCUUGAUGUCUUCCGAGGAUUCUCAACUACCUCUUCAGAAGAUGGCGACUGUCCUGGACCUUGCAGACCUGAUCACACGAGGAGCCAAAACGAACACUGCUCUAUUUGACACCGCUCUACCCGACCUUACUUUCACCCUUGAAAGAAUUCAAAAAACGGUCAAUAAUUACAAUUUUCGACAUACAUUCCUCAAAAACAAAAUUUUGGCUUGCAUCACCAAGCUCUUGCUACAGCUACCCAGUCUUACUACCCUCCCGGUCACCCUUACUCACCAGGAUCUUUCACCCUUUAAUUACCUGAUUGACGUCUCUACGGGCAGAGUGCAGGCUGUACUAGACUGGGACGGUGCUCUUUAUUUCCCGAUUGGUUCCAAUUUUCAUUUCAUAGAUAGAUAG